GCGCUUCUCUUCGGCUGGGACUUCGGCCUUGGUCCUGGGGACGAUCGUUGAGCGCCUGCUGUGUGCGCUGGGCGGUGCGAGGACUCGCGAGCCGGAGGGCCUGGCGAGUUCCGAAGGUCCAGCCCGCUUUAGCCCGGGAGCGCGGGGGCGGCACGUGCAAAGGUGGUGGGAGCGAUGGUGCCCCUUGGGGAAGGGAGCGAUGACCCCCUGCUGCCAGACCUGCCCCGGGGGCCCCUGCAUGCGGCCCGCGCCCGCGCCUCCUUCCCCUGGAAGGAACUGGCGCUGUUCUGGGAAGGGCCGGACAUGCUGCGCUUCAAGAAAAACAUCUUCUCGGCUCUGGAGAACGACCCCCUCUUUGCCCAUCCCCCUGGCAGUCUCUCGCUGGAGAAGUACCGGGAGCUGAACUUCCUGCGCUGCAAGCGGGUCUUCGAAUACGACUUCCUCCGCGUGGAGGACUUGCUGGGGAGCCCGCAGAGGGUCCUGGCGCUGAUCCAGUGCCUGGGCAUGUACGACUGGUCCCUGGCCACCAAGUUCUUCCUGCACACGCUGACCUUUGGAUCAGCGAUCUACAGCUCUGGUUCUGAAAGGCAUUUCAAAUACCUUCCAAAGAUCUUCAGUAUGGAGAUUUUUGGAUGCUUUGCUCUGACUGAAGUGAGUCACGGGAGUAAUACCAAGGCCAUGCGGACGACCGCUCACUAUGACCCCACCACUGAGGAAAUCAUCAUACAUUCGCCUGAUUUCGAAGCCGCCAAGUUCUGGGUUGGCAAUAUGGGCAAGACGGCUACACACGCGGUGGUGUUCGCUCAGCUGUACACGCCAGGGGGCCAGUGCCACGGGCUGCACCCCUUUGUCGUGCAGAUUCGGGACCCGAAGACCCUUCUUCCCAUGCCAGGGGUGAUGGUUGGCGACAUCGGAAAGAAGCUUGGACAGAACGGUCUGGACAAUGGAUUUGCCAUGUUCCACAAGGUCAGGAUUCCUCGCCAGGACCUGCUGAACCGCUCAGGAGAUAUCACCCCCGAGGGCACCUACGUCACCCAUGUUAAGGACGCCAGGCAGCACUUCAGCGAGUCCCUGGGCAGCCUGUCCUCCGGCCGGGUCGCCAUCGCGGGCAUGUCCGUCGUGAACCUGAAGCUGGCCGUGUCCAUAGCUCUGCGUUUCUCAGCCACCAGGCGUCAGUUUGGACCAACAGACGAGGAGGAAGCACCGGUGCUGGAGUAUCCGAUGCAGCAAUGGCGCUUACUUCCGUACCUGGCCGCGGCCUAUGCCUUGGACCACUUUUCCAAAUGGCUCUUCCUGGAUCUGGCGGAGCUUCAGCAAGGCCUUCUGGGGAGAGACCGGAGCGCCAGGCAGGCAGAGCUGGGACGCGAGAUCCAUGCCUUGGCGUCGGCCGGCAAGCCCCUGGCCUCGUGGACGGCCCAGCGCGGAAUCCAGGAGUGCCGGGAGGCGUGCGGAGGACACGGCUAUCUGGCCAUGAACCGUCUGGGAGACCUCAGAGAUGACAACGACCCGAACUGCACAUACGAAGGCGACAACAACGUCUUGCUGCAGCAGACCAGCAACUACCUGCUUGGCCUGCUGGUGCGCCGGGACCAAGGCGGUGCCCGCAUUGAGAGCCCGCUGAAGACCGUGGACUUUCUGGAAGCCUAUCCCAACAUCCUUGGCCACAGGUUCGAGGGUUGCAGCCCUGAGGACUGCUUGAACUCCUCAGUCCCGCUGGCGGCCUACGAGUGGUUGGUCUGUUACCUGCUCCGCGAGAGUUAUCAGAAAUUAAAUCAAGAGAAACAAUCGGGAAGCAACGACUUUGAAGCAAGAAACAACUGUCAGGUGUACUGCUGCCGCCCCUUGGCCCUGGCAUUCCUGGAGCUCACGGUCGUGCGGAGGUUCCACGAGCACGUGCACCAGCCCCACGUGCCACCCCCGCUGCGGGCUGUGCUUGGGCGGCUCAGUGCUCUCUACGCCCUGUGGUCCCUGAACCAGCACACGGCCCUGCUCUACCGAGGUGGCUACUUUUCUGGUGAACAAGCAGGUAAAAUGGUAGAGAACGCCAUCCUGGCCCUGUGUGCCCAGCUGAAAGAUGAUUCUGUUGCCCUGGUGGAUGUGAUCGCCCCUCCUGACUUCAUCCUGGACUCACCGAUUGGCAGAGCUGACGGCGAGCUCUAUAAAAACCUCUGGAGCGCUGUGCUUCAGGAGAGCAAGGUGCUAGAGAGGGCAUCGUGGUGGUCGGAAUUCUCUGCCAACAAGCCCGUCAUAGGAAGUUUGAAAUCAAAGCUGUAGUCGCACUGGCUAACUAUGAUGAAGCCGUGAAGACAUGGAUCUCGAGUUCAAGUUCCGGAGGCCCCAGAGAUGGCUGCCGCUCUCCGAACCCACAGCUCUGCCCUUGCCCGGCUGCUCGUCCUGUCGAGCCCAAGGCGGGACUCGCUCAUCCUGGCCUGCCCCCCACCCCGAGUCCCAGCAGGAUGGGUAAUGCCUGAAGGGCAGGGCUGAUUUGGGUCCAUCCUGAUUUGCUGGGUGAAAAGAAAACCUGUAAGAUCAUUUCUUCCUGAUGGACUGAGCACUUUUUGAUAAUUAGAGCUUUGUACAUUCUAUUUUCAUAUGCUAAUUAUGAAACUGGCCGCUGGUAAUUCGCAUUAGGCAAUAUUCUGCCUUCAUCUGAGAUUUCUUACAAGGCUCUGCUUCAGUAAGCCCUAUACGAUGCCAGUCUGAUUCUUUGUUCACUCUGGUUUGACUUCCUCAUGUAAUUAAAUUAUAACCUUACUAAUUUGCACCAUGGACCACCCGAAUGACAUAGUUGAAGAUUUUAAAGGAAAAGAAAAUCAGUUUUAUUACUUUGUUGUGUGGAACUGGAAGCUUCUAUCAAAGAAAUGUUUCCAAAGGAAAAAAAAUGCAUAAUGAUUUGAA